AUGUCGACAAACUCUUGUUGUUUUUAUUUAACAAUUUUAAUUUUUCUUCAACAACAACUAUUGUUUACGAUGCAAACAAUGGAUGACAAAGUGAUCACAGUAAAAAGUAAUCAUUCAGUUAAGGAUACAAUUGAUCGUAUGGUCAAAAUGAUUCAAGACGAAAAUGGAAUUAUAUUUACUCGUAUCGAUCAAAAGAAGGCAGCUGAAGAUGUUGGUAUUGUUGAUCAACUGGAUGAUACCGAAUUAAUUGUGUUUGGGAAUCCUAGGGUUGGCACUCAAUUAAUGGUGGAGAAUGGUGCAGUGUCUAUUGAAUUACCAUUGCGUGCCUCUUGUUGGAAACGAAACGGUAUUGUGUAUUUAAGUGCUACAAAUCCCACAGCGUGGGAAGUACCGUACAAUUUAAGUUCGAAAAAAGAGAUACUCAAAAAGAUGAGUGACAAUGUUAUUCAAAUGAUUGAAAAAGUUAGUUCAUAG